AUAGCAAGUUAGCUGGUUAGCUAAUUCACGAUGCUAUGUCAGCCACCCGGUAUAUGGACAGGUUAGAAAAAUCCAACUUCUUCUGUAGUUGAUGGAAUAAUUAUGCGAAUGUGAUUGGAAUUAUUUCAGUCCUGACGUGGGUCAUGUGGCAUUCGUAUUACCUAAGCAACAGCAAUGGCUAAUGUAGCUGAGCUAACCAGCUUGCUAACGAGUUAGCAUUUCAAGGACUGAAAGGGCUUCCGGUGAAGAAAAUCUGUCCGCAGCCGCGAGUUGCUAUACCCUUCAUUCAUCUAUGGCUGGGCAAACCCGGACUAGGGUUUGGAGUAUCCUUGCUGUCCUGGCCAACAUAUCCUUCGCCAGCUUGCCACGGAGCAGGAAGGUCGCCCUGACCGCACUAGGUGUGGUCGUAGCUGGCGGGGCAGGGCUUGCUCUGACGCUACACCAGGCUGUCAAAGCCUCGGAGCUGGAACUCCACCCGCCUCACUACCCCUGGAGCCAUGAUGGACUUCUUUCCUCUCUGGACCACGCUAGUGCUCGUCGUGGCUACCAGGUGUAUAGGCAAGUGUGUGCGGCUUGCCACAGCAUGGAAUUCCUGGCCUUCAGAAAUCUGGUGGGAGUGAUCUACACAGAAGACGAGGCUAAGGCCGUUGCCGAAGAGUUUGACAUAGUGGAUGGUCCUAAUGAGAGCGGAGAGAUGUUCACUCGGCCAGGGAAGCUGUCAGACUACUUCCCAAAACCUUACCCCAACCCUGAGGCAGCCCGGUUUGCCAACAAUGGAUCCCUGCCUCCAGACCUCAGCUACAUUACCAGUGCCAAACAUGGAGGAGAGGACUAUGUGUUCAGCCUGCUGACAGGUUACUGUGACCCUCCAGCAGGAGAGCCUGCGAAAGAAGGACUCUACUACAACCCCUACUUCCCAGGCCAGGCUAUCGGAAUGGCCCCUCCCAUCUACAACGAAGUGCUGGAGUAUGAAGAUGGAACCCCUGCCACCAUGAGCCAGGUUGCUAAGGAUGUGUGUACCUUCCUGAAGUGGGCCGCUGAGCCAGAACAUGACAUACGGAAACGCAUGGGACUGAAGGUGCUGCUGGGUGGAAUCGUCGUCAUUCCUCUGGCCUACUACAUGAAGAGACACAAGUGGUCUGUGCUGAAGAGUAGGAAGAUGGCCUACAGGCCUCCCAAAUAAACAGAAACACACCCCAACCUGGUCCUAAAAACAACCAGAGGGGCUGCAUUCAAGGACCCCACAGUGCUCACCUCAUAGUGAUCAUACAGGCACAGAACAACUCACACAAACAUGCCUUUCUGUGAGGUGGUAGGGAAAUAAACGUAUAAACUGUUUAUUUCUGCAGAAAUGGCCUUUUGUUGUUGUUUUUUUUUUGUUGGCAUGAUAGAUUUUCCUGUAUCUGGAAUGUUGUGAUGCAAGUCUGUGCCAGAGUUGUGACGUUCUUGAACGCAGCCUCCACAAAGUUUGGUUGAUCUGCACCGAGUCUCCACUGGCAGCAGUCCACCUUGUACCAGACACUUUGUCACGAGUGGCCGACGGGUCGAUUGUCCAUCUUUGUAAUAUACUUGAUAUCCACACAAACACGGAGAAAUUGGUGCCCUCAAAGUUAGUAUCAUCCUGGGUGUGGAAAUGCAUUCUCUUUGGGCGGUCCAUACGCCCCCUCAGUCAGUCAGAUGCCGCCUCUGAACGUCUCUCUGUACAAAAUAAAUUAUCUUAAACAAAA